CUCCCAAUAUUCCAAGUGCUACCGGCAACAAGAAUACACCAGGAGCAACAGGCACAGCAACGGCUACUUCAAUAGCAUCCUCAAGCUCGGUAUUAUCAGAACCUCUAUUGAUUGCCGUAAUUGCUCUCCUGGUUUCCCUUUUAAUUGCCAUUAUCAUUUUAAUUAUGUUGUUAUGUUGGAAAAGAAAUAAGAAAAAUUCUAAUCCUGAGGUAGUUCCCACUGCACCUCCAAAUUUAUCACCAUAUCCACAGCAUCCUCAGCAAAUUUAUAACCAUCAAUAUCAAAGUUAG